GGCCAGCCUGGGGGAGGGGAGGGGCUGCUGCCCAGGGAGGCCUGGCCUCUGGCUCCCACCCAAGGGGUCGCAGAAACAGCCAGUGGCAGCAACACAGGCUGAGGGAGGAGGCAGGGACCAGGCUUCCUGGAUGUCAGUAACAGGUACUGUGCAGCAGCCCUGGGCUGAGGAAUCUGAAAACCCCUCCCUUCCUAGGCUGUGGGCCCUGUUGCCGGAACACUUUCAGUUUUGUUUCUCUGCCUGCAAGAACUGAAACUUGAAACAGAAAGACUCCAGAGAUCCGACCAUGGAGGGAGCCUUCCAGAUGUGCAGGAACUGGCAGAUUCUUCACCAUCUGAGCCACCAGGGAAGCCCAGGUUAGAAGUCAAAGACACAGUCAGAUGCUUUUGAGACAAAGGAUCAUAAAUCAAAAUGACAUACUGGUAUUUUGCAUAAAGUUCACCAAGGAUACCUACCUAUAGAACAGCAAAAGAAGGGUGGCCUCCAACCUCCUGGCCCUCCAUGAGGCCCACUGCCUGAUAUUUCUGGUCCUCUGCCCAGAGUGCAAGGAACCCGUCCUGCAGGAUAAGAUGGAAGAACACCGCCAGGGUGGGCACCAGCAGGUGGGAUGUGCCAUGUGUCAGCAGAGCGUGCCGAAGCACUCGCUGGAGAGUCAUGAGGCCCAGGAAUGUCAGGCGCGCCCGGUUGAGUGCCAUUUCUGCCACCUGGCCGUGCGUCUGAACAAGGUGGACCUCCACGAGCACCACUGUGGCCAGCAGAUGGAGGUCUGCCCAGACUGCGGCCAGCAUGUCAUGCUCCACGUGCUGGCCCGGCACAGAGAAGAGUGUCGGCGUGAGCAGCCCCGGCUCCAGAAAGGGAAGAGCAUUCCAGCUCCUGAAAGCAACAUCUGUUGUCAUUAUUGCAACCAAAUGAUUUCAGGAAAUAAGUAUUUCCACCAUCUGGAUAGAUGCCGUCGAGUCUCAGGUGCUGUGACACAUUCUCCAGCAGGGAAACCAGAAAUUCCACCUUCAUCCCCUCUGAGUCGGGCUGCUGAAGACCAGACUUCCAAGGCAGAGAAAGAUGUCCGUCCAAAGCUGAAAAAUAGACACAGAGCUCCCUUUCUUUCUGAAAAGUCAGCAAGGCAAGCGCCACGAAGCACAAACAAAACCACGAAUCUGUCUUUGAAGUCCAAUGGCAAGCUCAGAGCCUCCUCUCCUGUAGAAGAUGAGACAGCCUAUGACAUUCUGAGGAGAUGUUCUCAGUGUGGUAUCCUACUUCCCCUGCCAACCCUAAACCACCACCAGGAGAAAUGCCGGCGGUUAGCUUCAUCAAAGGAAAACAAGUGAGAAGUUCCAGCUAGCUUUGGGAAAGAGAUGUUGGUUUGCCCAAGAGCUACAGCUAAACCAGGAGGAAAAGAGAAUGCCAGCUCUUCUGCCUGAGAAUUCUGAUCAAGCAUCUAGGCCUAACCCAGCCUGGACACCUUGGGAAAUCCAGCUUUAUCUCUGAAGAAUAAAAAAGAUCUUCCUGAAA